AUGGCACGUGCCUUGGAGAUCCUGGAGGUCUUGCGCGAGGAAGCGGACGCGGCGAAGCUGCUGGGGCGCCGAGGAUACGAGCGGCCGGAGACGUGUUCGCCUGUGACCUGGGUCUAUGCUCAACUGGCUGCGCUGCAGGUUCUAAGAGGGUGUAGGGUUUUUGCCGACGCGGUCACCGCCAUGCCGCGAGCCCUGGAGUUGGAGGCAGGCGCCCAAGGCCUCACGGCGCAGGCCGCGAGGCACAGCCUUGGGAAGAUAAACGCCCUGGAGAGCAGCCUUGCGGCGAAGGUGGCCUUUCCUGGAAAGGCGCAGGCGCUGGCCUUCCUGGAUUCAGGUGACCGCCACAGCAUCGCCAUCUCAUUUCUGGAUGUUCGGCCCAGAGGCCUCUUGACGCCUCUCAGCUUCGACGAGUCGAACGAAGCGGAGGACAAGGCGGCCCUCGUCGCCAGCAAGGUUGAGCAGGCCGCGGAAGCUGCGGACGAGGCGGAAGUCCAGGCGGAGGCGGCGGAGGAGGCCGAGCUGAUCGUGGUUGGCAUCGCCACGGUCUUCGCUGGGGUGGCUUGGUACACGACCUACGUCACCUGGCAAACCUACCAAAGGUGGCUGAACAUGAAGAAGCGCGCGGCGCUGUGUGUGGGAGCCGCGCGCGCUGCAAACGCUGUAAGCUGAGGCCAACACAUCAUGCACGAGUUGCAAUGAGCUUACCUAGCCGGGGACAAAGCGAGUUCAGCCAUGAAGAAAUGUUGCUUACUUUGCGGGUCCCGAUGUUCUUGCUUGUG